AUGCCUUCCGGCUUCUCCUAUCGCGUAGAUCUUGCCGUUGCUAACAACAUCCGCCUCCAGGAAUUCUACUAUAAUGUCCACCUCAACGUAUUCGAAAAGGCCUGGGCAGCAUGGUACGCCUAUAUGCAGAACGACGUCCUCGCCACCGGUAUCAUGUCUUUCGCUAUGCACGAAAUCGUCUACUUCGGCCGGUGUAUCCCGUUCAUGAUCAUGGACAAGAUCCCUUACUUCCGCAGAUAUAAGAUCCAGGGCCAAAAAAUGCCAACUCUUUCCGAACAAUGGAAAUGCGCCAAACUCGUCCUCCUCUCGCAUUUCACCGUCGAGUUGCCACAAAUCUGGCUCUUCCACCCAAUGGCCCAAUACUUUGGCCUCUCGACCUCAGUACCCUUCCCUCACUGGACCAAGAUGGCAUGGCAGAUUGCUUUGUUCUUCGUCCUCGAAGACGCCUGGCACUAUUGGUUUCAUCGACUAUUACACACCCCUCGCCUGUACAAGAUGAUUCACAAGCUGCACCACCAAUACAGCGCACCUUUCGGUCUCGCCGCUGAAUAUGCUUCCCCCAUCGAGACCAUGAUCCUUGCUUUCGGCACUGUCGGCAUUCCCAUCGUCUUCUGCGCCAUCUUCAAGGAUCUCCACAUCAUGACCAUGUACCUCUGGAUUAUCGGCCGCCUGUUCCAGGCAAUCGAUGCUCACUCCGGGUACGAGUUCCCCUGGAGCUUGCACCACUUCCUGCCCUUCUGGGCCGGUGCCGACCACCACGAUGUCCACCACGAGAAGUUCCUCGGAAACUAUGCCAGUUCAUUCCGCUGGUGGGACGCUAUGAUGGACACCGAGGCCGGAAGUGCUUCAGCCCCGAAGACACGAGAAAAGAAGGCCGCUGUUGCUAAAAAGGUUGAAUAG